UUCGUCAUCAUGAGGAAGAAGCAGCGCGUCGAUCAGAGAGAGGAGGAACACACGACCACAUCCUGACACACACUUAAACACACAUUCAAUACAGUCAUAGUGAGUCGCUGAUGUUUCAGGCUUCCAUGACGACCACACCCAGGUCAAACGCAACUUGGCGGGUAGUCAGAUGACUUGCGGGUGACAACAUGUCAGACGCCUACUCCACGUUCUCUCCUCCUCCCACCAUGCAUCACUCCUACCAGGCGCCGCCACCUCCGUACAUCCACUCGCCUCCUCAAACCUCCCCCCACUUUCCUCCUCACUUCCUGCCUCAGAUGACCCCCCCUCACCUCCCUCACCCUCAGAUGACCCCCCCUCAUCUGUCCCACCGUCAGAUGACCCCCCCUCACCUCCCUCACCCUCAGAUGACCCCCCCUCAUCUGCCCCACCGUCAGAUGACCCCCCCUCACCUCCCUCACCCUCAGAUGACACCCCCUCAUCUCCCCCACCCUCAGAUGACCCCCCCUCAUCUCCUGCCUCCCCAUUCGACCUCCUCUCACGUCAUACAGACUCAUGUGGCCCCCCAUCACCUUCCCCCUGGUCAGGUGACAUCCUCUCACCUCCCACAUCCUCAGGGAACCCCCCUCCACCUCGUCCACCAGUCUCAGGAGACCUUGUUUGACUUUCCCUACGCCGAGGUGAGUCCCUCUCAAGUGCCCCCCCUUCCUCAGGACCUCCUCUUCGGCAGUAAUCCCAGUUCAGAUUUCGAUCAGCCAGACUGGGACGGACCUGGACUCUCCUGUCUCCUCAGUGGGGAGGGAUUCCCAUCUCAGAACCAGGCUUCAGUCCUCCACGACGGAAAUGUACAACUGGCCAACAGCACUCACACACUCCUGGAGCAGGGUCAUCUUCCUGGUCACACCUGGGGGCCUCUGGAGCUGGCCCAGCCCCAGCUCCACUGCUCUGCACCGGGCUCCGUGUCUGAAAGAGGACUCCUGGGAGGAUGGAGCUCCAUGGACGACCUCCCCGACGUCCAGUUUUUUAACGAUGCACCACAACCUUUUUAUAGCCCAGCAACCCCCGGUCCCAGUCCUCAGUAUCCAUCGACCCCAGCCCUCCUCGGCACUGGACCCCAGCGAGCAAAGGGGCCCGUUUUCAACAGCCAGCAAAGCUUCAGCUGCUCCCUGACGGAGUCCCAUCAGCAGCUCCUGCAUCAGAUGAGCUCCUUACCAAUCCAACCGGAGCCGGACGAUCGGCCGCCGGGCCUCCCCGGCUCCCCAGGUCUGUUCAGGGAGGCCUUCUCCGGGCAGGGCCGGGAGCUCAGACUGAACCAGAGGAAAGAGUGCAGGGAAGGAACCGAGCCAGACUCCAGAUGGAUGAAACUGAUGAAACCCGAAAGCAGCGCUGAGGUUCCCGACUCCAGGUUGCUGUGUCUGGUGUGUCAGCGUGAAUUCAGGAGCCUGCCGGCCUUGAACGGUCACAUGCGCUCUCACAGCGGCGUCAGAGAAGCCAGCUGGGUGAAAAAGGAUCCAUCAACAUCAAGCAAAUGCACAGUCUCCAUGGUGAUGCCGGUCACCGUGCCUGUCCAAUCACGUGGCGCGUCCAAGGCCUGGAGGCGUGGUCAGAGGAGGUGCCGCUCAGCCGGAGGCGGUUCGCUGUACUGCAGCCUGAUGCGGCCGAACGAAAAGGAGGAGGAGGAGGGGGAGGGGGAGGGGGAGGAGGGGGCACACGGCGACGGAGGCCACUACGUCCCUCCUCUCAUGCUGCCCCCCCUCAGGGCGGGACCCGGGCUGUUCUGCACCCUCACCACCGGGAGGCAGAAGAGAGUGCAGACCGUUCAGUUUCACAAUGGAUCCGGGGGCGUUGGCGUGGAGUCUGCCCGUCCUCCUCCUGGAACACUAACAGCUAGAGUCAUGAAGCCACGGAUAAAUGUAGGGUCGGGCUUCCAGGCCAACAUCCCGCCGCUGCAACCCAAGAAACGAGCUUGCCUGGACUCCCACAAUGCACUGCUGCAGUGGGCGCCAUGGACCGAGCUGGAGCAGCCCGCCACUCGACAGCGAGUGGAGGCCUUGCUGAGGAUGGUGAGAUCCAGCGUGGUGGCGGGGGGCGGGGCCAGCCCAGACCACACCCUCCACGUCCUGUCCCAAUGCAAGGGAGACUUUCUGCGAACGACGGAGAAGCUGCUGUCGUCUCAGACGGCGUCCAGCCAGGCGCCCGCCGGUGUUCGCUGGAGUCCAGCAGAAAAAAGGCUGCUGGUUAAAUCCCUGCAGCUCCAUCAGAAAAACUUCCACAUGGUCCAGAAAGCUGUGAAGACGAAGAGCCUCUCCGAGUGCGUGGAGUUCUAUUAUCUCUUCAAGAAGAAGAUGAGCCUGAGCAGCAGCCUGACCGUCACUUUGCCCGACGCUGAUGUAAGGAACAAGUCCGUCCUCAGAGUCGUGACGUAGAAUCAGUUUGAUUUCAGCCUCUGAAGGAACCUGAAGGGCCUCAUUUUGGGGCCCUGGACCGGGUCAUGACUUCAGACUUGUUGGAUUUGGACGGCCCGAUUGAAGAUCUGUUUGUCAGAUCAGAACUGUUCCGAUCAUCUUCUGGGACCUGAAUCGAGCCAUGUCCGUUGGGUUUUACUGUUCUGGUUCAAGAAGCUUGUCUUGAAAGUGCGUCUGCGUUAGGAACUGAUCAGUGUCUCGUUAGUCCGGCUUCAGAAUCGGGUCUAAAACUUCCCCGCGGUGGAGCAGGGCUGAGUUGGAGUCGGUCAUUUGCAGAGUUUCAGGCCAGCGAACACAAAUGAAACUGUCGGCUGAGCGAAUUGAAACCGCCAAAACCGAAAUACUGUUGUUACCAGGCGCACAACACGACACAAAACACACACAGAAGCACACACAAGGACAGCCACUUCCUCACAGAGCGAAGAACAGUGUGUGACUUCAUGUUUCAGAACGGUGGGAGGUGGAGGUGGUGUGUGUGUGUGUGUGUGUGUGUGUGUGUGUGUGUGUGUGUGUGUGUGGUCGGGCCUCUGUGAAGUUUCCAUUAACUCUGUGAGUAGUGGUGACUCGAAUUUAUAUAUGUGGUCAAAGGAGUUGAAGACGAAUGUCUUCAGUUGAAACGUGAAGUUCUGGGAAACGGUCGACCUUUUUCACAAAACCCAGAAACAAACGAGCGUCUGAGAGUCGCGCCGCUGAAGUUCAUGAAGUGAACAUCAGAUAGUAGUUUGAGGAAGACUUUAGAUCAGAAGUCACUCCUCACUUCUUCCUUUUCGUUUUUUUUUUUUUUU